ACUUGCGCACACACUAUUUUUUUUUUUUUUUUUUUCCUCUCACGCCGGUAGAUACACAGCACACAGGCCCAUGAAGAACGGAUAUUGGUAUGUAUGGUACUAUGUAUGAACGUAUGUAAGCUGUGUCGAGGGCAUAUACACCACCUACCUACUACUGUGAAGUAUGGUACCGGGUCAUGUAUGGUAUGUAUGUAUACUUCAUGUACGCAUCAGCUAGGGAGGACCCUUGACGUGACUGACCGUCGAGGUUACACGCAUGAUAUGCACCUUGGGGUCGUUGUUGGAGUAAGUUACUGGGUACUAUUCUCACUCCAGUACUGUACUGUACUCUCCGGUGCGGUGCGGUGCGGGUUUUUGUUGACCGAUUUGAGGCCAGGACACACUUCUGGUUCGUUUGUGGGUUUAUUUUUUUUUUUUUACACGAUAUGCCGGGUUAUUCAGCAGACUCGGAGAAAACGCCCCUCGCGGUGACGGUGAGGUUGUAAACGGGUCGGUGUAGAUGCGUUUAUACAGUAGAUGGCGAUCUUCUUUCUUCUGGAUAGUGAGUCCUGAGAUUCGUGUACACGGACGUUUCCUUCUUUCUCGAUAUAUAGGUACGCCCUCUUCGCAUUCUCGUUUCUUUCUAGGGUGCUUUCCUUCAGCCGUCUUCCUUGUCCUCUUCGCUCGUGCCACGCUCGUGGCGAGAUGAGUACGAGGUUAUGUGUAUAUUAGAUACCUACGU